AUGGAAGCCGCGACUGCAAAGCGCAUCUUCGUUAGUGUGCAGAAAGUGGUAUGUCGAUAGAAUGGGUUCGAUGCUCCCGAAGAAAGGCGCUGAAAGGUGAAUCCAGAUCUAGCUGUUGGUUGGGGGCGUUCCUCGCUGGCGCAGUCAGGCGAUUCGCUAGAGUUCGCCUCGGAGCCGGUUGAUGAAGAGCUCGGGAAGAUAGCGCUGAUUGAUGGUUGCGAUGUACCAAGCGUAUUGGCAGCGUCCAGUGCGAUUUGA